CUGGGAGGUGAGAGUUUCGGUACAUCUAUGCUACCCAUCAAAGCAUAGUUUAUCUCCCCGAUAGAUGGAUAGAUAGGAACAAUUUGUGAUUAACGAUGGACGUAAUUACUUGAAGAACAUUUACUUUUGCUUGUGAAUUUUGAAAAAGAGAAACUAAGCUGAGUCGCACGCUUAAUAUAAUAUUAUAUAAUCGAGAAUUAGUUUUAAUGCACAUGCAAUAAGUGUUUUAUUUCCAUUCUUGCAGACUGUACAAAAAUGCAGGAAAUGAGUUACCUGCAGGAUCAUUCCAAAUUGGAGGCACUUACCAAAGCUGUACUCAUCUCCAUAUUAGCCAUUGCCAUUGUGUUAUCGAAUUUCCUAAUUAUAGCAACAUAUGCCAAUUUUAAAGGUCCCACAGAGGUCAUCAAUUAUUAUUUAUUGUCAUUAGCGGUAGCGGAUUUAUUAUGCGGCCUUUUAGUGGUACCAUUUUCAGUAUAUCCGGCCUUGACCGGGGAAUGGAUGUAUGGCGACGUUGUGUGUCGAUUUACAGGUUAUUUGGAGGUAACAUUAUGGGCAGUCUCGGUGUAUACGUUCAUGUGGAUCUCGGUUGAUCGUUAUUUGGCCGUACGUAAGCCAUUACGUUAUGAAACGGUUCAAACUAAAACACGAUGUCAAUGUUGGAUGGCAUUCACCUGGAUCUCAGCCGCAUUGCUUUGCUGCCCUCCCAUAUUGGGUUAUACAAUACCGCUUAAAGAUAACGUUGCGCACAUUUGCAUGCUGGACUGGGGCAAUAUAGCCGCAUAUAGCGUGACAUUAGCAAUAUUAGUUUUAGGUCCUAGCGUUAUAUCGAUCGUUCACAAUUAUUCUUAUAUCUUCAUAAUGAUGCGUAAACUGAAAUCGGGCGAGCCUAUACACGAUAAAGAAUAUGCCACAGCAUUGGCCGAAAAUUUAUCGAAUCCUAGUCAUAUGAUGUCAUUCGUAUUAGUGUUUGCAUUCUGGAUGUCCUGGUUGCCAUGGAUCUUUCUACGCCUAUACGAAACGGUAACCGGUGAGAUUGUACAAAAUACUCUAAUAAAUUUCGGUGUUGUUUGGGUCGGCGUUUUAAAUUCAUUCUGGAAAAUUAUUAUAAUGACAACAAUGUUACCGCAAUUUCGUAUAGCAUUGCGAGUAUUUUGUUUAACAAUCUGUUGUAAGACUAAGGGCCGUUUGCAAGCAGAACUAAUCGGGUUAGACCCAGAUGACUAGAGUCGUUAGAUUUUCAAAUGGCUUAAAUUAUAUAACGAAAAAGAAAAAAAUUUGAUUAAAAAUUAUAUAUAAAAAAAAAAAAAUUUUAAAUAAAUAAAUG